UGGUCACAGCUUGUCACAUGGUACAAGGCUGUUGUGAAUAGCCUUGUACCAUGUGAUCUCUGUGAUCAUUCACAGAUUUCACUAGUAGUAAGCAAUGUCAGGAAGUGACAUCUUGCUUACUACUAUUCAUGCAAUCACUGAUUGGCCAAUCAGUGAUCACAUGAUCGGGACUUCACACAGAGGUCCCGUACAGUGAUCGGUGUUCCGUGGUGUUUGGACACAUGCAGGCACCAGAUCGCAGUGCCAUGUGCUCCCAGGCAGUG